CCUGUUGUGUGCUGAUGAGAGUGCCAGUGGUAUGGAGUAUCAUCGAUUCAUGAACCUGUAGGACUGGAACGCCAUCGUCAGGUCAAAACAAGAGCCAAACAAGGCACUUCUGUCUGGGCCACGUCCGUCCCGAGUGUCGGUCUCGAGCUCGUCCUUGACAUCGUAUGCCAUGGCCUACGCGUCCAAAAAAGAAGAGGAGAGCGGUCUCAGCUCCUACUACAACAACAAAACGACUAUCAUCCAAGAAGCCCGUGUUUUCAACGAAUCGCCCAUCAGUCCACGGAAAUGCAGAGCCCUCCUCACCAGGAUAGUCUACUUGCUUUACCUAGGCGAGAGCUUCAGUUCGCAGGAGGCUACUACCUUGUUCUUUGGUACCACUAAACUUUUCCAGCAUAAAGACAGUGCUCUCCGGCAGAUGGUUUAUCUUGCCAUCAAGGAGGUGGCCACCACUGCGGAGGAUGUGAUCAUGGUUACCAGCAGCAUUAUGAAGGAUAUGCAACCAAAUUCUGAGGUUAUAUACAGACCGAACGCGAUCCGAGCCCUGUGUCGCAUCAUUGACCCGUCCAUGGCGCAAGGUGUUGAGCGGUUCUUUAAAGCAGCUAUUGUUGACCGUACCCCAUCGAUUUCGUCUGCGGCGCUCGUAUCGUCAUAUCACCUAUUCCCUCACGCCAAGGACGUCGUAAAAAGAUGGGUCAAUGAAGCCCAGGAAGCCGUUAAUGCGAAGUCGUCACCGUCUUUCUUUGGAGGCUCAUCAGGGGGUUACCUAAACUUUGGCUCAUCGGGCUCGCCGAGCAGCGGGUAUCAGCCUAUUCCAUCUACCAGUUACAUUGCGCAGUACCAUGCUCUGGGGCUACUCUAUCUUAUUCGUCAACACGACAGGAUGGCAGUGACCAAGAUGAUCCAACAGCUUGGUGGCGGAAAAUCGGGAGCUGGUACAACGCUGAAGAACCCCAUGGCGUUGUGUAUGCUGAUUCGGUAUGCUGCAAAGAUUAUGGAGGAAGAUCCAAACAUGCAGAGACAAAUGUUGGAUCUCCUUGAUGGUUGGCUGCGACAUAAGAGUGACAUGGUUAACUUGGAGGCUGCACGUGCAAUAUGUGAGAUAAAGAAUGUCCCUACUGCUCAACUAUCGAAAGCAAUAUCAGUUUUGCAGUUAUUCCUCUCUUCGCCAAAACCUGUGCUCAAAUUCGCAGCAACCCGCUCGUUAGCUUCCCUCGCUUUGACUCAUCCAAGUAGCGUCGCUACCUGCAAUGUGGACCUAGAGAACUUGAUCGCUGAUUCGAAUAGGAGCGUGGCGACUUAUGCUAUCACGACCCUUCUCAAGACCGGCAACGAAGCUUCCGUGGAUCGCCUCAUGAAACAAAUUACAAGCUUCAUGUCAGAGAUCAGCGACGAAUUCAAGGUCAUCAUCGUUGACGCCAUCCGCUCCCUCUGUCUCAAGUUCCCUACAAAACACGUGUCAAUGCUCUCUUUCCUUGCUGGCGUGUUACGUGAUGAAGGAGGCUAUGACUUUAAGCGUGCGGUCGUGGAGGCGAUGUUCGACAUGGUGAAGUAUGUUGCAGAUUGCAAGGAGCAAGCACUCUCUCAUCUGUGUGAGUUCAUUGAGGAUUGCGAAUUUACCAAGCUCUCUGUUCGCAUCCUUUACCUUCUUGGCAUGGAGGGACCCAAGUCUCCGCAGCCUACCAAAUAUAUUCGAUUCAUCUAUAACCGGGUGGUUUUGGAGAAUGCCACCGUUAGAGCCGCUGCAGUCUCCAGCCUCGCUAAGUUCGGAGUCAAUGCGAUCGAUAUGGGCCUGCGUCGAAGUAUUGGCGUGCUUUUGAACAGGUGCUUGGAUGAUGUUGACGAUGAAGUCCGUGAUCGUGCUGCCAUGUACCUGAAGGUCAUGAAGGAACGACCACUUGCAGACGCAUACAUAAAAGAGGAGUCCGUGUUCUCUUUGGCGGCGUUGGAGUCUAAGCUUGUUGCCUAUAUCAGCGACCCAGUAGCAGUGUCCCAACCAUUUGACGCAACUUCAAUACCCAAGGUUAGCCGUGCGCAGCUGGCUGCGGAGUCUGUUCUCCCGAGUACAUUAGAUACUAUCGCUAUGCCCGUCGUUGAAACCGAUUCGACGCCGCCCCCUCCGACAGCUGCAGACACACAAUCUACCUAUGUACACCAGCUCGCUGAAGUGCCCGAGUUGGCUGAAUAUGGGCCAGUUCUCAAUAGCAGCGCGAAACUGGCCCAGCUUACUGAGUCGGAGACGGAGUAUCAAGUAACGUGUGCCAAACACAUAUUUAAGGAACAUAUUGUGUUCCAGUUCAAUGUAACCAAUACCCUUCCCGAUACGGUUCUGGAGCAGGUGUCUGUAAUCAUGCAACCACAAGCAGACUGUGGUUUGACAGAAGACUUUAUCAUUCCUGUACCCGCUUUGAUGACUUCGACUUCACCUGGCAUAGUCUAUGUUUCUUUCUCGCGAGACAAUCCCGAAGAGUACGCUACUGGCUCGUUCCAGUGCACUCUCAAGUUCGUCAGCAAGGAACUGGACCCUUCGACUGGUGAACCCGAAGAGGAGGGGUACGAAGACGAGUACCAAGUAGAAGAUGUGGAACUGGCGGUUGGUGGGGACUACAUCAUACCCAGUUAUGCUUCCUUCUCGUCGGAGUGGGACAGAUUACGAACAGGCGCUAGUUCUACGGAAACCUUUUCGCUGACUGCCAUGGAGAGCAUAAAAGCCGCGUGCGACUCGAUUAUAGAAAUUCUCAACAUGGAACCUCUGGGAGGAACCGAAGUGCCGACGUCAGCAUCGGUCCACACUUUGCAGCUGUCUGGGUUGGUCACUGGAGGUGGGGGUAAGGUGCUGGUGAGAUGCCGGAUGACAUACGCCAAAGGAGAAGGGGUCACUCUCGAGUUAAGUGUUCGCGCCGAACAGGAGAGGGCCUGUGCAUUGGUCGUGUCCGCCGUAAGUGGCUAGAAUGGUGGCGGAAAACAAAUUCUCCGGAGCGCUGAGCGACGUUCUCAUAAUGAACUAUAUACAUCUACUUAGUCCGCUGGUUGUUAUUCUACCGGUACAUGGAUCAGAGGACAUUCCGGGUUUCACAUGACAUGGUACUUCCGGCUUUGAGACAGGUUGAGAGACAAUCGCAUUGCGGAUCAUG